UCGAAGUCGAGAUAAUAGGGAAGCCCGCAACGUGAACGUCAUUGAAAAAUAAACGGGAGGGUUUUUGGAUGCAAGUGAUAAUCUUGCAUUUGUCUGUCGGUGUCGCAUUACCCGUUUGCAAUAAGUGGCGAUAAGUCGCGCGCUAGCCAUCGACUUCUAGCUCUGAUUUAUUUUUUUUUUCUUUUCGAAUUUCCAAAUUGACUCCCAGUUGCUCCUCACCCCCCACUUGCCCGCCUCCUUUGGAGCAGCUCCUCCAUUUCUACUCUACUCGAAAAAAAAACUUCCAAGCUGUGGUCUAAAUACUGUGCGAUAACCUUCAGUCCCGAACAGACUUAACCUCAGAUAGAGACAGAGUUUGUGUGUGCUGUGUGUGUUGUGUGUGAUCGAGAAGCGACGAGAGUGUUGUUGUCUCUGAACUGUGACGACGACGAGAGACGGGAGCCCAACCAACGACAGAAUCGUUCACUUGUUCACAACGUCUCGACUGAUGCGCUUGGUGAUGAUGAGUCCGACUCUCCUCCGGCCGCACCACAUUCUUCCGCACGUCCGCAUCACUCACGCGACAAUCAAAAAGAAAAGCCCAGCACGGUACCUUCUUCUUAUUUUUUGUAAACUUUUUUAUUGGGGUUUGUCGAUUUCUUUUGAAUUUAUUCCAUGUUUCGUUGGCGGUGACAAUUCGAUUGUCGUUGAUUCGAUUUUGCGCUCGUUUAUUUAUUCCCGAUGCAUUCUCUCCCUCUUUACUUUUAUCUUUUUUUAUUGUUUCUCUUCGAUUUUGUUUAGUCACUCUGUGUGUGUGUUUAGAGUGAAAACAAAUAACGAGUCGUGUAAUAGGAUGUAAAAAAAUUUUUUAAUUUUUUAGAGAUAGAAAAAGAUAAGAAAAAAGAGGGCAGAGACACACACACAUCGAAAGGUGCAACUGCACAUGCACGUUGGGCCAGUUCUUGAUACUUACACAAUAUAAUAAUAAUAGGUCCAUUUAAUACUGGUUAUUGUUAUAUUGUUGGGCCCGUUUGGCGACGGCCAACAAAAAAGGAACAAACAAAAAGUCUUUGUAAUAGUUUUGAGGACGCUCUUAAAUGAAACAGACACCCCCCCCCCUUCUGUCGUAUCAUCAAAAUGGCUGUCCCCUCUCAAAACUGUGCAUGUAAAGAGAGACGGACACCUGCCCGUGGUCUGUGAGUGACAGAAUGGCCCAUCUCUCUCAUAUUUUGUAUAAACCACCACCUUACAUCCCGCCCCCUGCUCAACCCCCCCACCUCACCUUAUUCUAAUAUGCACCACACCUCGUCGUCUACACUUGUCCGUCUGUUUUUUGUGUGUCGUUUAAAUAAGCCGACAACCUGUGCGAUCGUCCCGCUCACUUGGAUUCGUGCCGUUCGACCAGAUAGAGGCCCCCCUUACACUUCGUCAUCUCGUAACCGAAAUAUUUGUGUUCGAUUAUUCGUUAUCGACGCUGUUUUCUUCUUUCCAUACGUCAGCCAACUCCAAUCGCGCCCAGAUAGUCACAAGUUCAGGCCACCAGCGCCCCCAAAAAGGAAAUAUAAAUCUGGUAAGAUAAUAAAUUUUUGGCUGCUGCCCUUUAUUUUCCCCCCCUAAUCCCCCCGGCCCUCACACUCCCAACCGACCGAUCGACCACCAUCCGAAAAACGACACGUCGACUUUGAACUCUCUCUCGUGUUCUUGUCUACGUGCCUCCAGUCUAAGUUUAAGUCUCUCCAAACAAUUUUGUGGGUUGAUUUUCGUUUCUUCAUUUCGGGGCGGAAUAAUAUGAAAAUGGGAAAAAUCUUUGACUGACCUAGUCUCUCUUGUGUGUUAUGACAUCUGACAACACACAAUUUGAAUAUACAUAUAUAUCUUAUCGUCAAUGUAUAGACGAGACAUAGCCAGGCAGACACACACACACACAAUUUCUCAUAAUGUCUAUGUGUCCAGGCUCCCCCCCCCUCAUCCAUCCAUCCAUCCAUCCAUCCAUCUCAGCUAAAGGAGAAAUCCAGCACGUUCCAUUAUGUUACGUCGUUUGUACGGUGGAGUUGACGGGGGAGAGAGGCAGGAGCAAUUUCCUUGGUUUAAUCCGUCAAAACUUGAUGGGCAAUAUUACACACACAUAUAGACCAACAGCUGUACAGAACUAGAGAGAGAUGGUAAGGGGGGGGGGGGACGUCGCCCAGGGAGAUGACGCGUCAGCGCCCGUUGUCGGGACGGGAUUCGUCGAGCGUGCGCGCGCUGAACCAACCGAAGAAAAUGGGGAAACGAAAAAUGACGUGUAAUCAUCGUCGUGAUGUGCCGUCCCUGCGCUCUCCCAUCUACUCAGCACUUUAGACGUUACUACUAGUAGAAUAGUCGGUACCACACGGUAUAUGGCCCAUUCGACAUGCAAAUGAAGCGCUAUAGUUUUUGGGCUGCCCAUUUAUUUCCCCCGAACCGAAAUCAUCGACCGGUUUGUAUUCUGUUCCAGUGAAUCGACCGUCGUCUAGCAGAAAUCGUCAAGUUGUAUUCGACUUUUCUAGAAAUGAAAUAUGUACGAACCCCAGCGCGUUGGGAAAUAACCCAAACGUCACACAUCAAAGCUUCAUUUUCACUCGACAGUUUCAAUUUCCCAGACGAAUGAAAUCGAAUUUUUCCAAAAAAUAAAAAUUCGAUUCCACCUGGACUUUUCGAUUAUUUGUUAGAUUAUUUUAGAGUUCAACUCGAGUUGGGCGGCGUUGGAUUACCGUCGUCGUCGUUUCUAGAUUGGAAAUCGAGACUCGGGUUGCGCCAUUGCUAACGCAUCUACUUUUACACGCCAGGGCGAUUCUGAUUAUUUACACAGUAGCGGUGCGCAGCCCAGCACAUUUCGUCCAGUUCCAUUCGCCAGAUGGUCUGGCACCUGUGCUCUCAUUUCCUAUUGACGUUAUUUGGAUAUAUAUGUAUUUUCUGUGCAUCCCCUUGUGUGUUAGAGUGUGCGACUAUUAUAGCGGGUCGUCGUCCACUGUACUUGUGUGUUUCGUGCGUGAGUCGUCCCCCCCCCCCUCCCCAAAAAAAUGUUUUAUUUCCUUUUUUUUAUUAUUUGCUCCCGCGCCGGGAGUGUCUAUAGCUCCGGCUGCCCGCAGUUGUUGGCGCGCAAUAUUCGCCCCCCCCCUCCCUUGUAUUUCUUUAGUAGAAACUUUUUUUAUUUAUUUUUUGGCUCGGCCCGUCAUCCUCUACGCAAUCGAUACGACGGUCGUCUCGGGCCUUUAGGGGUUCCGUUCGUGACUCUCAUCCCCAAAAUGCCCCAUAGUGCAAUUCCGUGUGCGCCGCGUUUCCCGGCGACCGGCUGACAUCUCCGGUUGGGGAACCGGAAGGAAGUUGAGCGACCAAAAAACCCAAGUCAAAAAAAGAAAAAAGAAACAGGAACUGAAAUGCAAUAAAACAAAAGAGGUAAGAGAUCUCUUAACUUUGACACAGCAGGCGAUUCGUUUUAAAACCAAUUACAAAAUUUCGAAUUUCGCUGAUUUGAUGAACAUCUUCUCUGUAAUCAACUAAAAAGCCAAUGAGACGAUGAUAGUACGCUUUCAAUUUUAAUUUUUUCAAAGCGCCAACGUAAAACAAAAUUUGACGUAAUAAUAAUAAUAAUAAUAAUAAUUACUAUACGACGCCAGCGGCAACAACAAGCCAAGUUUAUAUCCUGCGGGUUUCCCCACCAAUUUUUGUGUUAUUUCUUUUCCGGGGAAUGCGUUAUACAUCCGAAAAUAACGAGCUCCAAUUCGUCGACUGGCUAUAAAACAUCAUUUCAUCUUUUCGUGCACCCGUGGAUGACGUAACUUUUUUUUUCACGAUAAAGAGAAGGAAAAAGAAUAUCAAAAACUCCUCGACAACAUCACAGUAGAUACUAGAUAGUAGUAGUAGCCCUAUAACAGAGCAGACGUGAGUGCAUUUAAGCACACCCUGAUAGCUUGGUCUUAUAUAUUCUCUGUCUACCCUUUUCUUUCUAAUCUUAUAUAACUUUUCUUCUUCUUCUCGUAUAACACACACAUACGCGGAGUCGGGUUGCUGAUUAUAAUCAGCAGCUCGGCAAAUAAGAGAAGAAUGGCAGGCACGUGUGUGUCUAUACAAUAAUGGCUUUUCAGUUCACCGUCAGAUGAGAAAAGGAACCCGGGACUGGGAUACGGUCUCCUCUAUUAGAGGUGGUAAUUUGGGUGGGGCCAGCCGCCAACGAUAUAGUCUCUCCGCCAGCAGACAGAGGCGGUGGCGUAACGAGAGAGGAGAACGAACGAACGUGAAAAGAGAAUAAUAAUGGCUGUCUACUUCUAUUCGUGCACACGCCGAAUAUCUAUCAAAGUCCUCGGUCGAUGUUCGGCCCGGGCUGCCACGCCCAUCUCUCUCUCUCCACUCGACUUGGCCGCGAUCGAGAGAUAAUCACAAGAAGAAGCCGAGCCAAAACAACACAACCAGAAAUCAACAAAAAAAGUGAAAGAAAAGAAAUGCGAUAUACCCGCGUGCAAGAAGAAGAAAUCAAGUCUUGAAGAAAAAGUUUAAAAAACCAAAAAAAAAAACUGUCUGUUGACUCGAGCUGAUCGUAUAAGCCUGGAGUUUUUAUCGUGCUUGAUGGUGCGAAAAGAUUUCUCGCAACUAUUCUCCGGCGACGACAUUUUUUAUUUUCGUCUUUCUUUCUCCUGAUCUCUUUUUUUAAAAAUUUGAUUUCGUAAUUUUCUCUACUACUACUACUGGCGAUUUAAAAUCUUGUCGGUAGAGAAGUUGAAGUUGAAGUUGAAUGAGAGAGAAAAGGAGCGAGAGAGACGGAGUGUGUCGGGAAACAAGUCGCCGGAGUUUAUGUUGCGGUUACAUUUGCAGUUCGGUUUGUUCGUUCGGCUUGAGUUAGUUUGACAGUCAAAUAUCGACGGUUAUAUUUAGUAUUUAAGUGCACCUUUUGAUCGUGAUUUGUUUCUUAAUGUCUACUACGUCCUGUAAUAUUAUGUGAAAUCGUCUGAUGUAAUAGGAAUAACCUGUCCAAAUACACAUAUAAAUACGCAAUCAAAGUCGAUAUAACAAGGUUCUAUGACUGCCUACACACACACGCCGGGGUUCAGUCGGCCGAACAAUUCCGCCCCAUUGUAUGUGUGUCCUUCUCGCUUGUAUAGAGAGAAAGAGAGAUAGAUGUUAUAUAGUACAACGAGGGGGGAAAGGGCUUUCGAUAUAAAUAUCGCAGAUAUCAUGGCCGACCGAAUCUCGAAAAAUAAUGACCAUUAUUGUUGGAGUUUUCCUUUCUUGUAAUACGUUAGAAGCCGGAGCCUAUAUCGUAAUAGAAGCGAGGAAAUAAACCUUCUGCUGCUGUGUGCGAUAUAGAGAUCUAUCUCUUAUUGCUUUCGUAUUACACAACAUUGGAGAUACAAAACGGAGAAAUAUAAGAAAGUGAUCGUAUAUCCUUUCCUUAUUUGCGACGGUCGGCCGGGAAACUUGGACGACGACAACGACGUCAAUUGGCUUCUUUUAUCGGCUCGCUCACGGUAUUGUAUUUAUACAGACAGCAAGCACACACACACAUACACGCAGCUAGAGAGAGAAGCACUAGACGCGUGUAUAAAGAGAAGGCUGCUGGAAAUCCAUCUAGUCGUUACGGCUGCACAGCCGAGCAGAAGAGACGGCCUCAAGUUGCUGACGAUGGACGCCAGCAACCCCCCAGCAACACAAUAGAGCUAAUAAGCGCCUAGCUAUAUCCUCUCGACUGCUGUCGAGUCUUUGAGGUAGAUACUGGCCGGCCAGGCAGCCUGCCAAACUACCUUGUACCUCGCACGUAGAGAGAGAUAUAGGAGAAGAGUUUCUUUCGAGUGGUCUGGUCCGCCUUUAUCUCUCUUCUACAUGUAUACCUGGGCUGGGCAGGCCCCUGUAGAGAGACAUACACAUCCCAAAUGAUCGCAAAAAUGCCAUUUUUUAAUUCCUCGAGGAUUCUCCUUGCCUCGUGUCCGUCCCCCCGUAACUUUUCCAUCCCGUUUUUCCCGGUAACGCCAAAGGGGCCAGCGAAAACGCGUCACAGCCGAAAACUCGGCCAGCCAUUGGCUGUCAAUAGUAACCGGGACCGAUUGGGGUAACAACAUCGAGCACUAAACUUUUUCCACAAGAAAGCCAAGUCAACCCAAAAAGAAAAAGGAAAAAGAGCGAGCGAUCCUGUUCGAUCCUCUAGACACACACAGGCGUAUUAAAGUAGCUGUCGGUUAUACAUUAGAGUGCGUGCUGGUUGCCAAUGGAAGACAGAGAGCGAGCGACGAGGGGGGGAAAGAGCGGGCACGCGGGAUCGAGUCAAAAAAGAAAGAAACGCCCAGUUGUUAUAUAUACGAGGAUCGAGUCAAGCUUGCGCCAAAGAAAUAAGAGGGGAGAAAAAAAAAGAAAAUAGAAAAUAAAAAUUCACCACCAAACAGAGCAAAACCGGCGUGAGUAUAGCGCGUCGACUCGAUUCGACUCGACUCGCUUUUCUCUCUCGGUCGGCAGUUUACAGACGCCAGUGUCGGGACAACCUCUCACUUUGGCUGUACGCAUUCGCUCCUCUCUCUCUGCUAGCACUCCCCCCUGUGUCUGUAUGUGUGUGUCCCAGUGACAGUUGCAUUUUCUUUGAAUGUACAUCACUGCUUUUCUUCUUCGGGGAUUUCUUUCGUCGAGUGAUUGAAAGGCUUUUCUGAUUCCGUGUGUGCCGAGAAAGAGCGACGCAGUGAUAUCGACUCACGCCCGGGAUCGUCCCUCUUAUUUUUAUUUCGAGACACACACCCGUGGGUACUUUGCCCAGCUGUGCUCCCGUGUAUUCGAUAUCCUCUGCUACUACACUUUGGCGAGAGAGGUCCAUUGACGUCGCUGCUUGCCGCAGUCGCUCCAAUACGCUCGUCUUUGUCGGUUGGCAUCGCUGGCGCUCCUCACUCAUCCGCUUUUGCCAGUUGUGCAACAUCAGUGCCCGUCUAUCGUAUACAUAUAUACAAGGGAGGGACGUUAAUUACUGCAAGUUCGUUACAGUUCCCCAACGCAAAAAUCCCCGCCCGCCAAAGUUUCCCGCUAACUGCACGACCCGUCAACGUACGUGACAGCUAGUUAAUUCGCCAAAACCCUCCGGGCAGCAGUUUACAUUUACUCAGAAUAACUCACUUCAUCGACUCCCAUCAAUCUCUCCAGCUCGGCAGUUUUGACUGGGAAUCACGUCAAGAAUAAAAAGAAAUGAUUUCAAGAGAAAAAGAGCUAAAUGCGGAACACAUUGAACGGAUGCGCUAAACGACAGGCAUUUUGAUUGUUGCCGCCUGCUGCGUGUGCAAUUGAGAAAAAGAAAAAAAAGUUGAGCUUCGUGAUUGGGCUGGAUAACACACAAAAAAAGAAAUAAAAUCAAAAUAAAAAAGCCAAAAGUUCUAGACGACGACGCGCUACAAUUUGGCGGAAUCAAAACGAGUGGGAGAGAAAACUGACUUUUCUUUCCGGGGGCUGCGUGUACGUGCUGCUGCAGUCGGUGGAGUUGCUUCCGGUUUUUCAUUUGUUUUUCCAUCCAUUUUUUCUCUCGUUCGAUUCUUAUUUUAUUUAUUUAUAUUUCAAAUUCGCGUGAAUCGUCGACGUGCUGAACACGCCAAUGUAUCACCAACGGGCGGAUAGAAACGGGAGAACGGCGCCAGGAUCGAGCCGAUAAAAAAAGAGCGAAAACUUCCGCCCGCAAUUGAAAAACCAAGUUGAACGUGAGUGUAAGGCAAACGUGCCGUGUGUCUUGUCUCUUUUGGGCCGUUGUUGUCGAGCGUUUUGCGGGACUGACGUUGGCCCCGUCUCCAAUCAGUGUUGUGUCAAACGAUUUCAGGGAGGGAGGGGGGGAAUUGUUGUUGUUGUUGUUGUUAUUCUCGCACGACAUCCUCAUGAUCGGCAUGGCUUGGGAAAACACGCUCCUGGCUUCGCGCAUCUUGCCGCCGGCCUACACUCCGAUCGAAGUGGCCACCAAUCGCUCACAGGAUGCGUCGCUCAUGCUGGAACAAGAUGGGCGAUUAACUUUAUUGAUCAUCCUGACGACGUCGGCCGGACUGGCCAUCGUACUCCUCUUCUUCAUCUUUCUUAGGAUCGGCUGCUUACGAGGGCAAAGCUGUCUGGGUAGGUACAAAGAUCGCCACGAUCGAUCGGCCUGUCCGCUGACGACCAUCGUCCUGGACGAUCACGCUUCCAUCACCAAAUCGCUGGCCGCCUCUCAGCAAACCAUUCAGACGUCCCUCACCCAGACGCAUCCGCCCGGCAGCGACACUUACGCAAUCAAACUCGUCGACAACGACCUGAUCGUGGAGACUCAGCAGGACUCGUCCGGGUGCGGCGAACUGGCAACGACGUCGUCGCUGGAGACGUCGACGCUCAAGACGCCGUCUAAUAAUCCCCCGAGAGAAACAUUUUCGCCGCCGGAGCAUCAUCGCCAUGACAACGAGAUGAGACAGCAGCAACAUCCUUCAUCAGUCGCCGCCGACGCCGAAAACGACGCCCAGCCAAGUGGAUUUCUCGUCUUCAAAACUUGGCUGUCCGGAAAGAAGAGCAAAGAGCUGGGCGGAGGAGAAACCGGAGCCGCUGGAAACGAUGCUCAGCACCUACAGCAACAACAACCGACAACAACGACGACGCCGUUGGAGACGAAGAGUCUGUGCGGAUCACCCAAGCGUCGCUACGGUCGGUCGCCGGCCAACGUCGAAUUGAUAGCGACACAGAAACAGCAGAUUAUGGCCAGAUUCGGCCAGCAUCACCAGCACCUGCCCGGCUUCGGGUUCACUCAAUCUAAAAGCAGUUGCCUCUUCGAGGAAGAAGAGGAUGACGACGGACUGAUGGUGAUGGGCGACGUCCCGCCCAGCAGCUACAGCUACCGCAAUGGCAACCAGUUCGAGUACAUGGGCGGCCCUUACGGCUACGUCGAUCCCAUUUACAGCCACCAGCUGGCCUCCAACAACAAUAAUCGACAUCCAGCAGCCAGGGAAGCCAAGUCUUUACGCCACCACAAUAACGGCCGAAUUAAUAACUCGGUUCGUCUGGAAGAACUCGAUAUCGUCCAGCAACACGACCAGCGCAAUAGCACAUCGCUCUUUGGCCAGCAGCAGAUGAUGAUGAGCGUUGCCAGACAACCCGAGUCAGCAACAUCUUCACAUUAUCAGCCUCAGCCGGUUUUGCUUUUGUUGCCUACACUGGUCCGCUCAGCCGAAUCGUUGGUUGUGCUCAGCAAAUAGAGAGCUGGACCGUAUUUGUUUCUCUCAUCUUAUAGAACUGAAGAAUAGACAUCAAAAGAAAAUGAUGUAACAUUCCUCUUUGUUGAAUUUGCCGCCCAUUUUUUCAUAUAAGAAAAUCUGACGACGUUGUCAACUCGGAUUUUGUUUUUUAUUACUGAUGAAAUUCUGCGAGCAAACGACCGCGAUGUAUAUAGGAAGUGGCUAUAUACUCAAAAGAAGAAUAUCUGUAUCAUACUCGCAUUUCCCGUCCGGUCUGUUCCACUCGAAUAGAUCCGGCGUCAUCUCUUCUGUUCCAGUCUGCUGGAUGCGCUGCAUGGGAUGUGAUACGUACGUAAGUUGGCAGUCCAAGUGGCCAUUGUAGACCAGCAGCAGCCCAUAUUGUAAUGACGGUGGGCGACUGUGACAUGUAAUAUUUGAUCUCUAACGAAAAUAUAGAGCGAGACAAGGAGAGAGAAUUUCAAACAGCGCUGUACAAAUAUAUCCGUUCAACAUUACAUUAUACAUUAUGCUGUGUGUACAGGAAAUAAAUGGCUUCGACAGUCAAAUCCUUAUAUAUAUAUGUCUCUUGUUUCCAUCCAAUAAACUGCGCUAUAGUGGCUACGACGCCCAAUGAAUAUUUAUUGUCUAGCUCGACGAUAUCGCAUGGGAGGAUAUGAACAAAAAUCAUUUCGAUAUGACACAACGGUUGUAUAGAUUUAUUUUAUUGACUGCUGCGCUUGCUAUGCUGCUGUGUUCCCAGAACAUGUAAUAACAAUAAGCUUCAUACAUACACAAAUAUUGAUAGCCUAUACACAUUUCUGACACACACACAUACAAACAAGCAACUUUUGUAACUGAAUUUUCCCGCCCAUCUGCAUGUGAGCCCCUCCCCAGCAAACAGUUUGUCGCAAAUGCCAGCAGAGCGGUACGUGUGUGCAUAAUCGAACGUGAAAUUCAACUGCGUCUAAAUAUAGUGUAUAUCUAAGAUGCGCGUAACACUUGCUAUAUUCGAUGGGUAUGUACACACAGAGUGCAAUAUUGAUUCGUAUAUACGUAUGCUGUGUUCUGCUGUUGAUCGUGAGGAAACUGCGAGAGUCACUUUAAAUAUCCCAGCAAAAGUCUAUCCAACCGUGUUUUAUUGUCUUCUUACCGUUUGCAGUUUCUUUUUUUUUUGUCUUUUUAAUUUCUUUUUCCUUUUUUUUUUUUUUUUUUUUGGUUUCAAUUGGAUUUCCUUUUUCCUUCUCGGCCGAUCGAUGGAUUUCAUACACGUAGAGAAUCCCCGUCGAGCUUUGCAGAUGCACAGCACAGGGAAAACGAAUGACGGCCAGAGUCUCUUCUAUACGCCUCGGCGAAAAGGAAACAAGGACGAAAUAAUAAAAACAGUUUUACUGAUAUGUGUUUCUACUGCCCUGCUGCAUCAAGCGCAUGUACACACAUUUCUUUUGAUCUCUUUUCGCCAGAGAGCAUUUUCUUUCUUUAUACAAGUUUCCCGGUUUCUUUUCAUCCCUAAUAUUCUUUUGUCUAUAACCAUAGUUUUGUUUUUUUAUUUUUGGAGCUGCCCUCGACCCCCUUCUAUUACAUAACAUACCCAAAGUUGUACAGAACUUGAAGUAAUAAACUACUUGAUAAACAUUC